CCUCGCAGCCUGUUUGUGAAUGAGACGCUCAGUUUCUCAAUGGAGCCGCGAGGGGCUCGGGCAGACGCUGUGCGGCUGCAUCGCUGGCCGUGAGCCGGCAGCGGGGCGCGUUUUCCUCGCUCCCUCCCUCCCUCUCGCCGCGGCCGCUUUUGAGGAACCCGGCUGAGAGGCCGCCGCGCAGGUCGCAGGGCCCCGAUCCCGGAGGACGCCCCGACAGGCCGGCCUUGGGGCGCCGUCACGUUCUGCCGGAGCGCGAGCGCCGCCAAGGAGGCCGGCGGCCUUCGGGAAAUUUCCGCCGCGACCCUUCGCUCUGGGCUUUAAAAGUUCUUGAUUUCUAUUUCCUUCUUAAUCCCGAGCAGCUAUUAGCUCCUCGCCUGCACUUUCCCCUCCCCCCGGGAGAGGAGGGGGAGUGUGAGGGAGGGAACGAAGAAAAUAAAAAAGGAUUUCCUCCCAGAAGGGAGCGACAGUUCGGAGAGAUUUUUCUCCAGGAAGCAGAAGCGGUGUUUGCGGCCGCCGCGGGCGCCGGGCCCUACCGGCCCCACCAUGCGUGAGCCUGCCGCGGGCUGCUGAGGCGCGGGGACUCGGAAGCGGAGGCCGAAGGCGCCGGGCUCCCGCGCUCGCGGGCGUGUUCUGUUCGCCCGGCAGCGGCGGCAGGAUGGAGCCGGCGACCGCGCCCCGGCCCGACUUGGCGCCGGAGCUGACCCCAGAGGAGGAGCAGGCUACCAAGCAGUUUCUUGAAGAGAUUAACAAGUGGACUGUUCAGUACAAUGUUUCCCCGCUCUCUUGGAAUGUGGCUGUCAAGUUCCUCAUGGCCAGGAAGUUUGAUGUUCUCCGUGCCAUAGAAUUGUUCCACUCCUACAGAGAAACACGAAGGAAGGAAGGCAUUGUGAAGCUGAAACCUCAUGAGGAGCCACUCCGUUCUGAGAUCCUCAGUGGAAAAUUUACCAUCUUAAAUGUUCGGGACCCAACAGGAGCCUCCAUUGCCCUCUUCACUGCCAGGUUGCAUCAUCCCCACAAGUCAGUUCAACAUGUGGUACUUCAGGCUCUGUUUUACUUGCUUGACAGAGCUGUAGAUAGUUUUGAAACUCAGAGGAAUGGAUUGGUGUUUAUCUAUGACAUGUGCGGUUCUAAUUAUGCCAACUUUGAGCUGGAUCUUGGCAAGAAAGUCCUAAACCUGCUGAAGGGAGCAUUUCCAGCUCGUUUGAAAAAGGUGCUGAUUGUGGGAGCACCCAUAUGGUUCCGAGUGCCCUAUUCCAUCAUCAGCCUCCUCCUGAAGGACAAAGUCCGGGAGAGGAUUCAGAUAUUAAAGACAUCUGAGGUCACCCAGCACCUGCCCAGGGAGUGCCUUCCAGAAAACCUGGGUGGGUACGUCAAAAUUGACCUCGCCACUUGGAACUUCCAGUUCCUACCCCAGGUGAACGGCCACCCAGAUCCCUUUGAUGAGAUCAUCCUGUUCUCCCUCCCUCCUGCCUUAGACAGGGACUCGGUACAUGUUCCAGGUCCCCACGCUAUGACCAUCCAAGAGUUGGUGGACUAUGUUAACACCAGGCAAAAGCGGGGGAUAUAUGAGGAGUAUGAAGACAUCCGUCGAGAGAACCCUGUUGGCACUUUCCACUGUUCCAUGUCUCCAGGAAACCUAGAGAAGAACCGCUAUGGGGAUGUACCCUGCCUGGACCAAACUAGAGUGAAGCUGACAAAACGAAGUGGCCACACUCAGACAGAUUACAUCAAUGCCAGUUUCAUGGAUGGCUACAAGCAGAAGAAUGCUUACAUUGGUACACAAGGCCCUUUGGAGAAUACCUAUUGUGAUUUUUGGCUUAUGGUAUGGGAGCAAAACGUCUUGGUGAUUGUCAUGACCACCCGCUUUGAGGAGGGUGGCAGGAGAAAGUGUGGCCAAUACUGGCCUUUAGAAAAAGACUCUCGGAUCCGAUUUGGCUUCCUCACAGUGACCAAUCUAGGCGUGGAGAACAUGAACCAUUAUAAGAAAACAACACUUGAAAUUCACAACACAGAGGAACGGCAGAAACGCCAGGUGACCCACUUCCAUUUCCUGAGCUGGCCAGAUUAUGGUGUCCCUUCCUCAGCAGCUUCCCUCAUUGACUUCUUGAGAGUGGUCAGAAAUCAGCAGAGUCUGGCCGUCAGCAGCAUGAGUACACGCUCCAAAGGGCAGUGCCCUGAGCCACCCAUUGUGGUCCAUUGCAGUGCAGGCAUUGGCAGGACAGGUACCUUCUGCUCACUGGACAUCUGCUUGGCACAGCUGGAGGAGCUUGGCACCCUUAAUGUAUUCCAGACGGUGUCACGCAUGAGGACCCAGAGGGCCUUCAGCAUCCAGACACCUGAGCAGUACUAUUUUUGCUACAAGGCUAUCCUGGAGUAUGCAGAGAAGGAGGGCAUGGUGACUUCUGGCCAGAAUCUGCUGGCCAUGGAGGGUCAGUAACUGUCCCACGAGCCUCCUACCUGCUGGCCAGCCUUCUUUAAACUACCAUGGACACUUCUGAGCCUAUAGGUUGCCAUCAGUUAUGCUGAAGCCAUGGAUCAACCUCUUUCUCGUGUCUCCCGGCGCACGUGUACACGCAAGGCAGCCUUUCCCUUUGACUAGAUAAAUGUGGUGAAAUUGCCACGAGAAAGGGCCAGCAGCAAUGUGUUCUUAAUUCCUAGCACCUGCUAUCGAACUGUGCCUUAUUAAAACCAAAUUGUGGCUAUUGAUUUUUGCCAGGGGCCCUGAGAUAAGUGGGGAAGGAACCUCCCUCCCUGUUUCCCAAUACAUUCUCCUCCUGGAGGUCUCCUCUCUCCCACUCCUUCCCUUUGCUAGGAUUUUAUGGGAAGUUUUGGUGAGCAUUCACUGUCCUCCCCAGAAAGCUUGACCAAGUUACAUAUUCUAGAGAUCAUCCCGAGUGCCAAGCACGUGUAUGCCAGUCUUUUCUGUCAUUCUGUGUGUGUGUGUAUGUGCACUUAUAUGUAUGGGUCCAUAUGUACGUGUGUAUGUAAUAUAUAUUGUAUGUGAUAAUAUGGUCAUAUUCUAUAAAUAUAUAUACACACAGGUACUCCUUUGUAGAAGUUCCUGGGGCUCUGUGUUGCACUUUAGGACUCCUUGUUUCUUGGACCCUACUAUUUGUCCUAUACUAGCUAGGGUUGGGGAUCAUGUCUGCCAUUGUCAGACCACAGAGUAGUGGAAGAAGACACAUACACAUUUUCAUGUUCCUGCCACAGGCCCUCAUUCUUACGUAACGACUUAUUUCCCUCUGGAUGCUGCCUGUUGGAAGAAAGAAUACUCGUUUGUUGUGACACUGAAUCACUUCAGCAUGGAUUGCCCUUAUCUAAUGAUUUUUCUCUUGUUUAUUUUGCUGAUUUUGGGAACAGACCUCCACUGUGAUUCUAGAUCCUCUCUUUCCUCUCACUACCCCAGGGAUGGGGGACCAAGGGUAGAGAUGAACUCACUGAACGGCCAAAGCCAAAAGCAAUUGGUACGAAGUCUUAGAAGGAAAGUUGGGGGAGCCCAGGUGUGUGUGAGAGAGAUGAAAGUGCUAUGAGAAUCCCUCCCUGGAAGGAGGAGCUGGGGCCCAUUUUUAUUUUGCUGGUGGUUCCUUAUGCAGCUUAGCUGUCUACUGAGAUGCCCAUAUCUUUCUGCCUACUAGCCUGCCGGACCCUGGAGCUCAAGCUGGGUGGGUUCUAUGCCAAUAAAAAGCUGGCUGGGUGAGGUGGUCCCCUGCAAUCACAGUUUGCCCUGUACCCACCCAACCUGUCUCUGCUUGCUCCCAGCCUACCCGGCCUGAUGUGUCAGGGAUGGAAUCAAGAGUCCCCAGCAAUUCACAUUUCCAAGAAAAUUCCAGGAAUCCCUAAACCUUCUUCCCCCAUCACAGAAGAUGAGGUUGGCAGUUGAUCAGACCUCAAUAAUUUUAUACUGUAAUAAGCUCUUUGAAUGUGUAUAUUCUUAUUUUUUAAAAUCAUUU